CAUGUGUUGACACAUUCUGUCCAUUGGGAACAUAUUGUGAGGAGCGCAAUAUUGUCUCAUGCGCCAAACAACCAUGUCGACCGAUGCUUGUUUGUAUGCCUGAUAGCAUCAAAGGUUGUAAAAGUCACCCACCCUGUCCAGCAGGUCAGGUAUGUGCCGAAAAGUUGGUACCUUGCAUUGGUCGAUCAUGCCGUAAAAUUGCAAAAUGUGUCUCACCAGGAACAUGCGAUGCAAUGGAAUGUCCACCAUCACAUAAAUGUAUAAUGUCCCCUGGACCAAUAUGUAUCAAAACAAUUCUAUCUGCUGAAGACAUUGUCCGAAUGAAUCAACAAAUCCAUUGA